AUGGGAAAAAACGAAGAAAUGCAUUAUAUAGAUUCGGACGACCAGGAAGGAAGUGUCGGUGGUAAGAAACCCGAUAAUAGCAAGUGAGUAAUUAAAAAUUAUUUUUUAAUGUUCUAUAAUAAUAGUUACCAUUAUGGUGUAUUAAUAAUUACUUAACUGUCUAUAGAUAUUAAUGAAUACCUUGGUACCUAUUACCCAUAAUCAUCGGAAAUACAGAAUUAUUUUUAAUAAUGGAACCAAGUAAAAAUGGAACGUAUACAAACAUUAGGUAUUCUUAAUACUCUUGGUUUUUGUAAACCUAUUUAAUAUUUGAGAUCAAUAUCACUAUACAGUGAUACGUAUACAAUGCUAGUUAUAUAGGUACUUAUCUAUUAUUAACGUUUUAGUAAAUGGAAAUUAUAAAUUUCAGUAAUAUGCAUCACCCCUUUGAGUUUCUUAUACCUGUGUACCUAGAUAUUAAUUAAGUUAAAAAGAUGUAAGUAACUGUACAAGGCUUGAAAAAAAAAUAUUUAUACUAUUAUACUAAUAUUAAAUGUUUUAAUAAAACAGUGAAAUAUUAAAUCUGUAUUAUUUAGACAUGAUUACUAUUAUUUUUUAUUUAAAAUCUGUUAAUUUUAAAUCACUAAGCAAUAACACUAUACUGUUGACAGCUAAUGUAAGUAAUUAUUACUUGUCAGUAUUUCCUACUUACUCUAUACCUAAUAGUAAUUUAAAACAACUUAAAGACCUCUAACUGAUAUUCGAAUGAAUAAACAUUAAUAGAGAAAGAACUAUAGAAGUAUAUCAGUAUGAAUGAUAAAUAUUUUGUUUGUAUUGUUUUAUUAUCGAUACAAAUUAUUUGUAUAUGUCAUAACAAGGUAUCAUAUGUGUAUAUAACAAGGUCAUAGAUAUAUAUUUUAGCUUUUAAUUUUAAUCUAUAAUAAUAUAUAUAUAUAUAUAUAUAUAUAUAUAGCUAAUAAUAAGUAUAUAAAUAAUUAUAUAAUUAUCUAUACAUUAUUUUUAAAUGAACAAUAAUGAUUAUAGUUUAUAUAUUGUAUUCAUUUUAUAUAACUAUAUUAAUCGCGAUAGAAAUAUUUACCUAGUUAUUUCUUGAAUGACAUUAACCUUGUACUUUUUGUACUUAUUAGGUUUAUAUUAUAUUAUUAUUACUAUCAAUAUUAUAAUACAAAUUUAAUAUGACCACAAUCCAAUUUUUAAUUAACCAUAUGCAUACAAAAUUAUUGAAUUUAUAUUUAUUUUUUUUGCUGAUAAAAUAUAAUUAAAGAAAAAACAGUACGUUGGUUUUAAAAUAAAUUAGUUUAACAUCUUCAUAAUUCUAUGUCGUAUAUAAAUAAUAUAAUACUGGGUAAUAUAAAAUUAAACUAAUUUUUAAGUAAAAUAUUCAAGUUUAAAUUUCAGAAGUAAUUUUUAAACUUUUUAUGGUCCGCAGACAUAGCUUACUUACCUUAUGAAUCAGUAUGUGUUCUGAGCUUCAGAUAGACCCAUGAUAUAAUGCCUACAAAGAUCUUGUAUUCUUACUCUUAUAUUAAUUUUAAAUUUUGAGUAAAGCAAGGAAACUAUUCAAGUUAUAAUAUUUUUUUUUUUUUAAAUAAUAUGGAAAAUGUUUUUUGGUUAGUAAAAAUAAUAUAGAAAAUGUAUCUAACCAGGAACUCUAUAGAUAGUUUAAUAGAGAAUAUUUAUACAUUUUUGAACCAUUUUGUUGUGUGUUUUGACAAAUUCUGUAUAAUGAUGAAUUUUUUGUGUGGUUUAACAGGUUGAAUAAGAAGUGAUUUAUAAUUAUUUAAGUGUCUCAAACUAUUUUAGGACAACACUUAUAACUCGAACCUUUAAGUAAUGAAAUGCCCUGUUAGGUGUAAAUUAUCAAAAACUAUAGAUACUAAGUAUAUAAGUAUAUACAGUUUUUUUCUUUAAAUAAAUAAUAUAACAAUUUACUUUAUGCAAUUCAUUAUUUAGUUUUAAUGUUUAUUCGAGUGUGUCUAACAAAAUUAAGUACCUACAGUUAACAUUGUAUUGGAUAUUAAAUAUUACCAAGUCAUUAUUUACAUAGAAACUAACCCAAUGAUUAUUUUCUUAAACCUAUCUAGAAAAACUGGAAUAUUUACAAAUAGUUACAAAUAUUGAAUAAUAUCUUAGAUAACUUUUUAAAUAAAUUCUAUACCUGUUGGAAGAGUUGCAUAUAUAUACCAAAGUAAAGUAAAAUAAUUUAAUAAAUAUCUAAAAUGUACAGUAGAUUUAAAAAAUAAUAUUCUAUACAGGUAGGUACCAAUAUAUUUUAAAUAAUCAAUAAAACUAAUUAAAUUUAUGUAAUCUAAUUUCAUUUUAUAUAAUCUAUUUUAUUAAGCAAGAUAAUUUUUUUAUAAUAUUCAUUAUUGUUUAUUACCCGGUAAUGAUUUUUGAAAUUGAAAUUUGUUUGCUAGGUGAAUCUAACUAUGGGGAGUUAUGUUGUCCUGACAUCAUAUUUUCUGGUAUUACUUUUUUUAUCCCUUUCUUUCGAUUUCAUGUUAAAACUAAUGUUAGAACGUUCUAUCUCACACCAUUUUACCGAAUUGAAACUAUAGGCAGAUCUUGAUAAAUAUAGUCAGGGGAACUCAAGGUACUAUUUAUAUUUCAGUUAAUUAUUUAUGUUUUGGUAAAAAAAUUGAAAAAUUAAUUUUAAUUUUAUCAUUUUUGAAAAAUUUGAAGAUAGCCAUUUUAUAAAGUGUAAAUAAUAUUCUUCUGAAUAUGUUGACACAUCAAUUUUGGUUUUCAUUAAAUUCCUGAUUUUUUAAAGUUCAAAGAAAAAAGUCUUCAGUCAAUUAGUAAUAAAUCAUAAAUCAUAAAUCAUAAUUAUAAUAAACAGCGAAUGUUAUUACAGCUUGCUGUAUAAUUGUAGGUACUUUGCUCUAAAAUUUAAAAAUGUAUUGAAAAUCACGAAUUUAAUAUAAAUAAAAAGUUAAAACGUCAACAUUUUUAGAAGAAUAAAUUAUCAGUUAUCAGUAGACGGCCGCUGCGAUCGUUUCGUUGUUCGUUACUUUUUCGGGCAGUCUCGUGUUUCCGUAUAAUUUUUAUCGUAUCACAAUGUAGCCUUAUAGCUUAAUAUUUUUGUGAAUGCAAUAGCGUCGUUACAAUGAAGAGACAAAUGUCAGUUCAAAACUUUUUUGUUAAAAAACAGAAUGUCACUAAUGAUGAAAUCGAAGUUAGUAAUAGCAACGUUCCAUCUGCCGUAGUUGAUAUCGUACCAGUAGCUAAGGACUGCCUUCCUAACCAAGAAGUGACGAAAAACCAUUAUGACACUGGGAAUUCUCUCAACGAAAGCUCUGUUCGUUCUUUAACAAAUGAAGAACGAUUUUCACUUUUUGACAAUGCUUGA